AGUUGCAAUCUGAUCUGAUCUGAGUUUUAUGUCAUCGUCUUCUAUAUAAGCGCGUAGUAUUUCACGGAGCCAUUGGUGACAAAUAUACAAUAUAUUUUUUGCAAGGAACUACAUCAAUUUUCGGAAUCUAUUUUAUAAAUAAGCGAGCUUCUCAUCCACAAACCCAGAAAAAGACAAUGUUCGUAUCUACGUACGUACCAUACGUGCUGAUGUGCGGUGUAGUGGCGCAGUCGUUCGCUACACGUGCUCAACAGGACGUCACGUCACAAAGAGAAGAAGGACAGAACAUUCCACCGUCCAUCGAAGACCAGAAAAUGAGUGUAGAUAUAAGUGACACACCUUUGAUCCUAGACUAUCAAUCAAUUUUUGGCCUCAAUAAUGGACGUGGGUCGAACGAAAACGCGUCUUUAAAGUUUUCUAGACUAUCUAAACAAGAAUAUCCUAAUGUCGGAAAAGUAAAGCAAUAUUCAUCAAAAUCAAACAGCGGCACGAAAUUUAGCAACACACUCAAAGAAAAUGGAAGCAACAUUAUCCGAGGGACACCAAGGUUUUUGCUAAACAGCAAAGUUCAAGAGGGACAGGACAUUUAUCAGAAGACGGACGCGCUUCACUUGAGACCGAAGCGGGGCUUCAGGUCCGCGGUCGCUGAUCGAAUCGCGCACGGGUUUGGGAAAAGAUCGAAUGCCCUUGACCUUCAAAACGAACAGUGGCAGGCGGUGAAAGCACUUCUUGAUUUCUCUCGCUUCGAACAGGAAGUGUACGAUGACGAUGUAAACACGCUUGUAAGACUGUACCGGAAGUACGGCAACCGGACCUCAAACCAACCUCUCGCUUCAAGACCUCCGUUGUCAGAAAAUGCGGAUGCAGAAUUGUUGAAGAAGCUUCUUGAAGCUUAAGAAGCUAGACGAAUACACAGGGAAGAGUAGAUACGAAGAUGUGGACUUUAAAAUAAACGAAUUAUAUUUAAAAUGGUAAAGGCCGAGUUGAAUAUUUGCUUUGCACGCAAAGGCGACUUAACUUGAAAAUUUUCCUUAUCUUCAACAUGCACAUAUCCAUAUUAGUCUAACUCCGUAUACAACUAUUGCAGUAAAAAAAAAAGAUUUUGUUAAAACAAAUACGCUUUAAUGAUAUUUCAAUUCAAUGACUUUAUAUAACGACCGCGACAUAUAACUUUUACGGUCAAUUGAACGCUUAUCGACUAAGUAUUAAAAUGUCCGAAAAAAUCAAAGCAUGACUGUUGCACAUUUACUAUUGUAUUUUAGGGUAUUUUAAUAAUGGACAAUGGUUACGACACAUAAUUUAUUAUCUUUAAACGCAAUUAAAUCGGGAUUGGUUUUAAAUGUUAUUGCCCAGUUGGGAAAAAAUGAAAUAAGCAUUUUGCAAAUAUUAGAGAACACGUUGAUGUUAUCCGAGAAGAUUCCUUAUUUCAAAAAUAUUUUAAUUAAUUAAAUUCUAGGAAAAAAGUUGUUAUAAGCUUGCUGUAUUAUUUGUUCACAAUACGCACAUCGUUUUAUUGAUAUAUUUCAACAAUGACAUUGUUACAUUUAUGUUACUACAAAAGUUCAAGUUAGUUCUUUUUUGUAUGUAUUUCGUGCAGUUGAAUGUUAGUGAUAAUCAUAAACAUAAAUUUAAGGUAUAUUGUUAAUAUAAACGUUACCACCAAAUAAAUGUAUUUAAAGAUUGUUACUAUUUUAAGAUAAAAUUAGCGCAACGCAUUUAAUAAUGCAAGCAUUUGACACGAAAACACACAUUUGAACCAAACCAUUUCGUGAACCUCUAUAUAUUACAUUGUAUUUUCUCUUGCCAACUCUCUUAACGAAAAUCAA